AGCGACGCGAUGAAGUUCGCUCUGGUGGCGCUGGCCGCCACGGCCUCGGCCCUCGUGGCCCCCGCAUCCCUCAGACGGCCGGCGACGGCCCUCGCCGUCGCGACUGCCGAAGUUCCCGUGAAGUCGUUCGACGGCGCCGACGCCGGAACCGCGACGCUCUCCCUGAAGACGACGAAGGGCGAGAAGGACAUGUACGUCGUCCACCGCAAAUACGUGAACGAGCGGCGUAACGCGCGCCAGGGCACGGCGUCCACGAAGACGCGCGCGGAGGUCCGCGGCGGCGGCCGCAAGCCGUUCAAGCAAAAGGGCACGGGCCGCGCGCGCCAGGGCUCGACGCGCACGCCCCUCAAGCCCGGCGGCGGCGUCGUCUUCGGCCCCAAGCCCAAGGACUGGGCGAACAAGAAGAUCAACCGCAAGGAGGCGGAGCUCGCCAUCGGCAUCGCGAUCCAGAACAAGGCGGCCCGCGCCACGGUCGUCGACUCCCUCGCCGGCAAGUUCGUCGGCGCGCCCAAGACGAAGAGCGUCACGUCCAUGCUCUCCGGCCUCGGCCUCGACGCCGACGAGAAGACGGUCCUCGUCUACGACACGGAGGACGACGUCCUCGAGAAGUCGGCGGCGAACCUGCCCAACUGCGAGCUCCGCCUCCAGGACGAGAUCACCGUCUCCGACAUGCUCUGGGCCAACCAGGUCCUCUUCACCAAGCCCGCCUUCGACUGGGUCAACGAGCGCUACGGCGCCUAG